GACACACUAUUCGUCAUCUUAUUAAUUAUUGUGCAAAGCAAAUCCACUGUUUUACUGUUCUGUUAAUAACUAACACUUAAUAUAUAAGAUACAUAGUUAAAUAAAAGAUUAUAAAUUCUAUAUUUAAGUAACAAGUUGUAAGGCCAUUACAACGGUUGCAGGCAAGAGAACACACCUUAAAAAGUUUUGCACACACAGAAGAUAAAGCCGUAGCAGCCAGCAGAAGCAGAACAGCGAUUUAAAAAGUAGAAAUGGAUAGCAAAGGACGCAAUGUUAUAGUUUGCGACAAUGGAACCGGCUUUGUCAAAUGUGGCUAUGCCGGUAGCAAUUUUCCUGCUCAUAUUUUCCCCUCCAUGGUUGGCAGGCCAAUCAUACGUGCUGUUAACAAAAUUGGCGACAUUGAAGUUAAGGAUUUACACGUUGAUGAUUUAAUGGUAGGCGAUGAAGCGUCGCAGUUACGUUCAUUGUUGGAGGUCUCAUAUCCAAUGGAAAAUGGUGUAGUACGAAAUUGGGAGGAUAUGUGCCAUGUUUGGGACUAUACAUUUGGGCCCAAGAAGAUGAAUAUUGAUCCAACAAAUACGAAAAUCCUACUCACAGAGCCCCCCAUGAAUCCUCUGAAGAAUCGUGAGAAAAUGAUAGAGGUCAUGUUUGAGAAAUAUGGUUUUGAUUCCACUUACAUUGCCAUACAAGCAGUGUUGACGUUAUAUGCCCAAGGUUUAAUAUCUGGUGUAGUUAUAGAUUCCGGAGAUGGUGUUACCCAUAUAUGUCCAGUUUAUGAAGAAUUUGCUUUGCCACAUUUAACCAGACGUCUGGACAUUGCGGGGCGUGAUAUUACACGUUAUUUGAUAAAGUUACUUUUACUACGUGGCUAUGCUUUUAAUCAUUCCGCUGACUUUGAAACGGUGCGCAUGAUGAAGGAGAAACUCUGCUACAUUGGCUACAACAUUGAAAUGGAACAACGAUUGGCUUUGGAGACCACUGUGCUGGUAGAAUCCUAUACCCUGCCCGAUGGUCGUGUGAUAAAAGUUGGUGGUGAACGUUUUGAAGCGCCCGAAGCUUUAUUCCAGCCACAUUUAAUCAAUGUGGAAGGUCAGGGAAUUGCCGAGCUGGUAUUUAAUACCAUUCAAGCGGCCGAUAUUGAUAUGAGAUCUGAGCUAUAUAAACACAUUGUUUUGUCGGGUGGUUCUACCAUGUAUCCUGGCUUGCCUAGUCGUUUGGAGCGUGAAAUUAAGCAGUUAUAUUUAGAAAGAGUUUUGAAAAACGAUAUUGACAAAUUAGCGAAAUUCAAAAUUCGCAUUGAAGAUCCACCCCGAAGAAAAGACAUGGUUUUCAUUGGUGGCGCUGUAUUGGCCGAAGUAACCAAAGAUCGGGAUGCUUUCUGGAUGUCAAAGCAGGAGUACCAGGAACAAGGUCUAAAAGUGCUACAAAAACUGCAGAAAAUAACAGCCUGAAAACGAAAGUAAUUUCGUUGGACGAGCCCUUAAACUAAUCUUAAAAUUCCGUUAAGACUUGUGACAAUAGUCUAAAGGUAUCUCCACUGAGAAGCUCGGCAUUUCAAUAUACUACGAAGCAGUCAGUAGUCCUUGCAAACAUAUAAUGCUAAAAAUCUUUCCAAAUCUUCCAUAUGCAAAAAAAAAAACACACACACACAGAUUGUAAUUAAACUAAACUUGCUGUUUACACUUCUGCUCCUUCUGCUCCUCCUCGUUUAACUUAAGUCCUUGUUAUUUCCCCAAACCCAAAAAAACA